GCUUCGAGUGCCUGCCGUCGGGAUGCCUCGGUUGGUGCGGCGGUAAGCCCUUUGAGAAACGGUCCAUCGAGCGGCGCCCUCGGAGGCUAGUCUUCCCGGAGGAACUAGCAUGGAUUUAAUUCCUUCGUUCCUGCGCCGGAUCCUCCUCCAUCCUUCCCCCUCGAUCUGAGGCCGGAGAGAUCUUUCGUGGAGCUGCGGGGAUCUCUGGCGAGGAGUGGUGGAUCUUUCGGUAGAUCCGUCGGUUGAGUUUUGGUGGAUCCCUGUCCAUGUGUUCCCGUGCGCCGAUGAGGCUGCAUCGGCUGAUUGAGGGGGUGCUGGAGUCUGCAGUGGAGUGCGUGUGGUGCACAGGCUCUGCGUCUCAUCAAAGUGAUUUUGUUAGUACCUUUAGGUGUUAGAAAUUGUUCGUAACUGCGCCUUUUUAACCGCGAGUGCAGUCCCUUCGUGCCGGCAUGAAAGGUCCCGCGAUGUAGUGGCCAGAGAGAGGAAAGCGCGCGCCAUCCGACCAGCCACGACCCCGGAGACAAGAAGCAAAACAAGCGGACCAGGUGGAGUGGCAGCCGACAGACAUCGCCCGGGUGGAAGAUGGCGAAGCGCGUGUGGAAGUCGAUCAUUCGACGGAAGAACAAGCCGGCCGGCAACAUGGCCUUCGGCGCCCUCGCCGUCACCCACGAGGAAGACUGCCCCGUGAUCUUUCGCGUGAAGGAGGGCUCGCCGGACAGCCGGGCGGCACGGGCGGCCAACAACAAGCGCUUUACCAUCAACCUGGGCGUGGAGGACCUGCCAUCGGUGCCGCGGCCGGAGUCCAUGGCCAAGUUCUACACGGACGACGAGGUGGGCGUGGUCAAGCGGCGGAGGAGCAGCCUCGCGAUCUCCUCUACCUCCGGGGACGAGGAGGAGGCCAACCCCUUCCUGAUGAGGGAGCACAUGAGGAAUGAGGACGCCGAAAGGCUCGGCCUCAAAGCGCGCCCGGAGACCUGCUACCUGGACAAGGAGGUCAAGCUGCGGGAGAGAAGGAAGUCGCUGUUCAUGGCGCAGGAGUUCCCGAUCAGCAUGGGCGGCGCUGGGCGCGAGCGCGUGCAUUCCAAGCGCGACGGCAUGUGCCUGCAGGGGGACCAGUUCUGCGAGGACCUCAAGGAGAACAUCCCUGCCACCGAGGACGUGCGCACGCCAGGCUCGGACAAGGUGUUCUUUGGCGACGACGCCGACAACAACCCCGCCAGGUCCCCCGAGGAUAACCGCGCGUUCUCGCCGAGCAUGCGCCAAGGACAUCGCCCUCAGCGUCGCCACGCAGAUGCUGGCGGCCACGGGCGCCGGCGACGGCUCUUCCCCCGGGGAUUUUAUCAACUUCACCAACGACCUCCCUCCCGUGCCCCCGCCGCGGCCCAAGAGGGACGCCCGCAAGAAGGUCCGCGAGAAAGCGGACUCCCCCGCCUCCCCGGCCGGCCACCAGCUCGCAGAGUCCUCGUCCUUCUCCUCCUCGUUUCAGGGGUUAUCUGACAGUCCCGGGACCCCCGACACCCCUGGCAGCGCCUCCUCUGGCAGGUCCUUCCUGCUGUCAGCGGGCAUGGAGUCCCCGACCAUCAAGUCGCGGACGCUCGACUACCGGACCAAGCGCCGGAGCCAGGAGGCGGAGGGAUCGUUACGCGUGUACAAGCAGCGGAGCUCAGAUGACCUGUCG